AUGCUGCUGUCAGUGACGCCCUCAAGUUGCAGCCUCGCUGGAGGUUCGGUGCUCUCCCUGAACCUCUCGUCUCUCGCUCUCCUCCCCUCGACGCUUCUCGUUCAGUUCGCUCCUGGUCACACCGUCCAGGUUCGCAAGAACACCUCCUCCUCCUUGCUUUCCGUCAGCUGCUCUCCUCCUGAUCUUCCUGGGCGAUACCUGGCAAGUCUCCUCGAUCCCACGAGCGGGCGAGUGCUGGGCCGCUUCACGUAUGACGUUCUGCCAGCCAGCGCAAUCCUGUUCCCUUCCGCCUCCUUCCUCGAGGGCUCUCCAGUCUCAGUCACCUUCAGCUUCCCCGCUGACUUUCUGAGCUCCUGCUUCCUCCUCUUCGGAGACGCUCGAGCUGGCGGGUUCACCUUCACAGCCGAGGGGGAGGUCAUGCAGACGCUCUCAGGUCUUGCUCCUCCCAGCAACCUGACGCUCAUCGCUCCUCUCGCCAUGGAGUGCCAGGGCAGGAGGACACAGCUGGGAGUGUCGCUAACCUACCUGCGGCGUCCUUGGGUAGAGAGCCUGGCGGUGGACGGUAGCAUGUGCAGAGCGAUGCAGGAAUGCAGCAUGACAGUGACUGUCUCCUCCCCUCCUUCGACUCUGAUGCUCAAUCGCUCCAUGCAGCUUCGAGCAUGGGGAAACAGCGAGUUUGCUGUUACCAUCCUCUCAAGGGUGUCAGGCAUCAGCCUCGACCUCCUCGUCGUUGAGCUUCGCAUCCUCGAGACUCCGCGUGUGUCAAACCUCUUCUGCUCCCUGACGCCUUUGCUGGUCCCGGGAGGCAUGCCCUCCUCCUCCUUCGCUGUCUCCUUCCCCAUCCUCGUUCAGAUCCCCCCGCCCUCCAUCCUUAGGAUCGUCCCUGCUUCUCUCGACAGCUCCAAGACCGUCAGGGCGACUGUCUUCCUAUCUGACUUCACUCCCGUCUCCUCGCUCACCGCUCUCCAGCUCUCCCUUGGCUCGGUUCCUCUCACUCCUCUGUCUCUCCUCUUCUCCGACGACAAGGGCAUGGCGUUCAUCCUCCAAGUCCCGCAGCACCAGGCAGGCGAGGACAAGCUGGUGGUCAGCAACGUGGAUAGGAACGAGACGGCUUCGCUCACAGUGCGAUCCUUCGACCCUUCCGUGACCCUCACCUGCUCCCCUCUCUGUGCAGUCAGCAACCAGCUGGAGACUGAGCUCCUGCUCCAGCUGCGAGGCUUUCCUCCGGACGCGAAGCCAGCUACCCUCCAGCUCAGAGGCAACGCCACGCCUUUCCAACUUCUCUCCUCCUCCUCUCAGAGCAACCUUCUCCUUCUUCGCUUCCUCGUUUCUCCUGACCCAACUCGGCUCGACCCCAGCUGGAAUUCUCAGCUCACGAUUGCCUCGACCACGGACCCCAGCAAGGUAGCCCCACUGACGUUGAGCUACUUCAACGCUCCUCGCGUCCUCCAGGCAACCUUCGACGAGCAGGGAGCAAGUCUCUUGCUCGCCUUCGACCAGCCCACCAACGCGCAGCUCGGAGACCUCACCUGCUCUCUCCUCCUUGUCGUUGUCGAGAGCAUGGGCGUGGCCCCUCGCUGCUCCUUCUCCGACAGCUCCUCUCUCCUCCUCGUCCUCGGGUCCAACGCGCAGCUGCUGCCGGGGGAUCAAGUUCGAGUGCUGGGAGGCCAACUGAGGUCCCUCAACGGGGUCAGCAGCCUCAACGGGGAGCAGGACGUCAUUGUCCUUCCACCUUCCUCCCCAGCGGCUCCCCAGCUCAGCGUCCUCGGCCCCAACUUCGUGGGGGAGUGCGACGAGGCUGUGCUGUCUGCCUCGGCUCCUUCCCCUCGUCCGCUGGACUUCUCCUGGAGCUGCGACACAAACCAGACAGUCAACGAGCUGGUGGCAGGGGAGCGAGGCAGCUACAUCGUCCUCCCUGGCUCCCUCCUCCUCCCCGAAGUGACCUACAUUCUCCAGGUCAGAGCUCGCAGCUUCCUGGGAGGAACCUCUCAACAAGUGGCGCACGAACUUGUCAGGAAGAGCAUCCCUCCUCCCAUCAUCGACAUCGCGAUGCCUCCUCCUCCCUACGUCCCUUCCCUCCAGCUCGUCCUCAAGGCCACCGCCAAGUUCUCGUCCUGCGUCAUCAGCAAGUCAGCUCUUGCCUUCGACUGGAUCGUCAGGGAUGGUAGCAGCGGGCAAGUGACUCUGCAGAGGAAGGGGCCGAUACUUUUCAUCUCCCCUGGCUCCUUCAAGGCCAGCAGGACGUAUCAAGUGACUCUCUCCUCCCGCUCCUCCUCCGACACUCUUACAGUCUUCAAGACUCUCACCAUGCAGGCCUCGAGCCUCCGCGCCAGCAUCUCCGGAGGCAACAAGACCGUCUCCCGCUCCUCCCGCCUCCUCCUCGACGGCUCUCUCUCCUACGAUCCUGACUGCAUCGGGGACCCCACUUGCUCGCAGACGGAGCUCUACCAGUGGAGCUGCGUGCUCCAAGAUGACUCCGCCUGUCGCUUCUCUUCCGGAGCUCCAGUCGUCGCCAUCGGAGCUGCCAAGACCUUCAGUCUAGAUGUUCGGAGCAUGCUGCUAGACGGUGUCAGUUUUGUUCGCAUUCGCCUGCUGAUGAUCAAGGGCGAGAGGUUCGACCAGGACUCCGUCGUGCUGACGCUGUCGGAGGACGCAGUGAUCGACGCCAACGUUCUCCUCCUCUCCCAGACGCUCUCGUGGGUGUCCGUCGCUGGCAGCUCCUCCCAAGCUGACAUCAACUUCGCCUGGUCGCUGCUGGACGGGGAGGGGAAGGAUGUCCUCCCUGCCCUGUCCUCGCAGUCGCUCCCUGCCGCCACCGCUUCUCCUCAGUUCUCUCUCUUCCUCCGCGACCCGAACCUCCUCCCCGGCAGGUACACUCUCACCCUCACGGUGACCAGCAAGAGCGCUGGGACAGCAGGCAAGUCGUCCAUCCUCCUCUACAAGAGCUUCCCGCCUAGUGGAGGGACCUGCAGCAUCAAGCCGACGGAAGGAGUCGCGCUGCAGACCGAGUUCGUCUUCCUCUGCCAGGAAUGGACAUCCCAAGAUCUCCCCCUCCUCUAUCAGUUUGGCCUUAGCCCCACUGACUGGAACUCCUCCUCCUCCUCCUCCUCCUCCUCCUCCUCCUCCUCCUCCUCCUCCUCCUCGUUCCCUUCCUCUUCUGCAGUGUGGUCUGGGGCUCUGUCUUCUCCGAGCUACUUCUUGAGGAGCGAGCAAGGGUCCUACCAGGCUGCUGUGCUCGUCACCAACAGCUUGGGGGCGUCUUCCCUUUCCUCCCCCCUCAGUCUGCUCGUCACCGACGGCGGGUCGACCACGGAGGAUGGAACGUUUGCGGUGCUGGAGGGAGCCUUCGGAGAGAUGGCCGACCUCAACCAAGUCGAUCAGAUCCUGCAGCUGACCACCAGCGUCUCCGACCAGCUGGACGGGGGGCGGAGGAGGAGCAGCAGUCGGGCGCUACUUGCUUCAUCGCUGGCGUACAGGAUGCGGGUGAGGAGCGUCUUGCUCAAGAAGAUGUCGGGAGGAGGAGUGGAAGAGUCGCUCUCACCCCAGACAGCUGGCCAGGUCCUUUCCUCCUCCUUGAGCCUCUCCAGCAGCCCAACUGAGCUGCAGCCCGACGGGAUCCUGAGCCUCCAGCAGCUGGCAAACUCGACGGUCCAGCAGUUGGACGCGGACCAGCUGAGGGGAGGAGGGAUGGUCAGCUCGGUCAGCCUUCUCGACAACAUCCUCCAAACUUCUCCCUCCCUCCUCGUCUCCCUUGCGGACACCAUCAAGUCACAAUCUGUCACCACGGUGCUCUCCCUCUCCUCCUCGUACGCUACUGCCAUGGUCUCGUCCGAGCGUCCCUUCCUCUACCAGGGCAACUCGCUCGAUCUCACCAUCGUUGCCUCCCCGCAGCCAUUCACAGAGGUUUCACUGCUGCUCGACCUCUCUUGCACCAUCUCCUCCUCUACUCUCUCCUCUCUCCGCAGAUCCUCCAGUGUCCAAGUGCCGUUAGGAUCGCUCCUCCUCGCCAGUCUCCGAUUCGUAUGGAGCGUCGACAAGUUGCUACCAGGGCUCGCCGUCCUUUCUGCUCGAGCUUCCGUUUUCCGCUUCCUGCCGGGCCCUGCCACGUGUCCAGGAGGAGGAAGAUGCUUCAAUGUGCGGGUGCGGCAGCAAACGGGGGGGGUCAACGAGACCCAACAGAUUGUUUGCUUGCUGUGGAGCGAAGGAGACUGGAGCAGCAGCGACUGCGAGCUGAUGGGGAUUGAGCGGACGGAGGUCGGCGUCGAAGCCUCCUGCGCCUGCUCCAGGGACGGCAUCCUGCUGUUGGCUGCCGGAGUUGCCGAGGUGUCAAAGAGGCCAGCAGCCUUGUUGGACACGAGAGCAGCACGAGCAAGCUCUCUUGAUGCCCUCCUCUUCCUCGCCUUGCUCUCCUCCGCCAUCCACAUCCUAGUCUUCCCGUUCAUCUUCAGGAGGAGGCUACACAGAAGCAAGCGGAGGGGACGGACGAAGAGCUGCGACACGCUAGAGGGAGUGUUCGAACAGUACCGUCGCAACUUCAGGCUGACGCGACAAGUGCAGGAGGAGAAGAGGGAGGUUGUGGUGGACGUGGGUCUGUUCGCAGAGGAAGGAGGCUUGCAGGAGCAGAGGAGGAAGCAUCAGUUUGCGCUGCUGCAGCAGGAGGUCGAACAUCUCAGCCAGUCCUUCUUCUUCCUCCUCGACCAGAUCCCGGUUCUCAUGGAGGAGCAGUGGAGCGAGGGGACGAGCGGGGGCGAGGGAGAGGAGGCGACCAGGAGGCAGGAUGAGCUUGCUCUUGUGGGCCUGAAACUGAGUUGGUCGAUGCCCUACCGGGUGACGGACCUCUACGACAUCCGGGACCGCAACGGCGAGUCUUGCUGCUCUCUGCUCUACGACAACGAGGAGAUCAAGAUCGGCGACCUCCUCCUCCUCGUCAACGGCUCCCUCGUGCAGUUCCUCAGCCCCUCCGACCUCCAGGACAAACUCGCUGGCCCCCUCAACUCAGUCGUUGAGCUGACCCUGUCCGACUCCCUCGGGCGGAUCUUCAAGGUUGAACUUCUGCGCCACAUAGUGGUCGAGGCCCGAGGUGCCGACAAGACGGAAGAGAGGGGAGGGAAAGAAGAUCGAGGAGACAUCGAGGAGGAGGAGGACGAGGCGAAAGGUGUCCACGUGGGGGAUGAAGGACAGGAGCCGGGAGUAUACGAGGAGACUGACGAUAGGUAUUCCUUUGGCCAUGCUUGUACUCCCAGAGGAUGUCUCGACCCCUAG